AUGGCCCAGCCAGAUAAUGCCAACAACCCAGCAGCUGCUCAAACUGCAUUAGUUGGUGUUAAACUCCCGGACUUCUGGAAAACAGAUCCGGUCAUGUGGUUUGCCCAGGCGGAAUCGCAAUUCGCGCUGGCAAAAAUCACCACAGAUGAAACAAAAUUUCAUCACAUCGUUGCUAAGGUAGACCAAUCGGUAAUAUGCCACAUUGCCGAUUUGGUUACCACUCCGCCGGCCACGGACAAAUACGACGCCGUGAAGAAGCGACUGAUCGACCGUUUUGCCUUGUCUCCGGAAAAUCGCUUGGAACGUUUGCUCGGAAUGCAUGACUUAGGAGACCUGCGUCCUACCCACCUGCUCUCCAAAAUGCAGGAGUUGUCUACUGGUUUGGGAGUUGACAACAAUUUGCUGAAGAUGCUGUUCAUUCAGCGAUUGCCGGCAAACAUUCGCCCUAUCAUCUCUUGUCACGACGGAACGCUUGCUAAAAUAGCAGAAAUGGCCGAUAAAAUGGUGGACACAGUAAGCGUACAAGCCUCUGCGGUUGCUGCUAGCGGCAAAGAAUCGGUCAGCACGGCGGAAAACGAGCUUCGGUCAGAAAUCGACUUUCUCACGGCCGAAAUCCGGAAGCUGAAAUCAUUCGGACGCUCGCGAAGCCGAUCUGCUUCAAGGACACGGUUCUCGACGAAUAGGCAAUCCCAGGCGGGGGAGCUUUGCUGGUAUCACCGGAACUACGGAACAAACGCCCGCCAAUGUCGCCAGCCCUGUUCAUUCGCAUCAAAAAACUAG